GAUGUUUUUUAGAAUAUAUAAAAGGUAUAUAAAAGCGAAUUAUGGAAGGCAUUUGGUAACAAGCAUUUUAAACGAUAAGUAGACACAAUGAAAUUGCUAACACAACUGGUAAUACUAUACUGUUUUCUCGGAGCAUUUGGCUGCAAUGGAAAAAUAAUUAACUGUUACUUUGGCACCUGGGCCAACUAUCGUCCCGGUCUGGGUAAAUUUGAACCAGAAAAUAUAAAUCCCCAGCUGUGCACCCAUUUGAGUUAUUCCUUCUUUGGCAUAACGGAAAAUGGAGCAUUUAAGAUGUUGGAUUCUUGGUUGGACAUGGAUUUAAAUUUCAUUAAACGUACCAUGGCCCUAAAGGAUGCCAAUCCAAAUCUUAAAGUUUUGGCAGCAGUUGGCGGUUGGAAUGAGGGAUCAGUUAAAUAUUCUCAAAUGGCUGCCGAUCCGGCCAGACGUAAAACAUUUAUUCAAACAUCAUUGGAUUUUAUAAGACGACAUGGUUUUGAUGGCAUGGACUUGGAUUGGGAAUAUCCGGCUCAACGCGGUGGCUCAGUUGCAGAUAAACAAAAUUUUGUCCAACUUUUAAGGGAAUUGAAAGAAACCUUCAAACCCCUAAACUUGGAACUUAGUAUUGCAGUGGGUGCAUCCCCAAACACUGCCUCUGUGUCCUAUGACAUCCCCAACAUUGUAAAAUAUGUGGAUUUUAUCAAUGUCAUGACCUAUGACUUGGGCAUGGCGUUUGAUGGUGUACUGGGUUUCAAUGCCCCGCUCAGAGGACAAGGUGAAAAUAAUGUUGAAAAUUGUAUUUCAUAUUGGUUGAACAAUGGUGCUUCUACAUCCAAAUUGGUUUUGGGCUUGGCAUUUUAUGGUCGUACAUUUCAGUUAUCAAACCCAGAGCUAACCACACCUGGUUCUGCCUGUUCCGGAGCUGGAGCGGCCGGUCCAUAUACACGGGAACCUGGUUUUAUGGGUUACAAUGAAAUUUGUUCCCUGUCAAGUGGAUGGACAAGAGUAUUUGAUGAUAGUCAUGGUGUACCCUAUAUGUUUAAGGAUAAUCAGUGGAUUGCUUAUGAUAAUGUUCAAAGCCUCGAAUUGAAAUUGGAUUAUAUGAAUGCUUUAAAUUUGUCGGGUGUAAUGCUGUGGUCAAUUGAAACCGAUGAUUUUCGUGGAGAGUGUGGUGAAAAAUAUCCUCUUUUGAAUGCCAUUAAUCGUAAAAUAAAGGGAGAAGGGGGAGAACAUGGGGAAAUCCAUUCCACAACUAAACCCUCAAUUUCAACAACUACAAAACCAGUGACAUCGACUACAAGUAUUGCACCGCCUCUGGGAGAUGUUUGUCCAAGUGAUGGUUAUUUUACUCACGAUACAGAUUGUAAUCGUUUCUAUCAAUGCAUAGGAGGUAGUCGUCAUGAUUUUACAUGUCCUCCCAAUUUGCAUUUCGAUUUGAAUACACUGGCAUGCAAUUGGCCAAGUUUGGCUAACUGUGGAUACUAGGUUUUGGUCUUUUAUUCAUGGACAUUAGCUUAACAACUACCCCACCAACCUCUCACUUUACCCAAUGUUUCUCUUUUAUGAUGUUUUUAAAUUUUAUGUUUUUUUGUUUGUUUAUUUUUUUUAUUUUACAAAUACAUU